UGGCACUCGGCCGACUACCAUGGCUGCCAACCUGUCCGGAGCGGUGGUGAACCUCGCUGCACUCCGCGAGCAUGCCAAGGAGGAGCUCAUGGACUACCUUGACAUGAUCCGCGGCGACAAGGAGCUGGUGAUCGACUCGAAUCUCACGGGACCGCUGGGCCUGGUCACGACUGUGCCGUUUCUGCAGCAGCAUGGCGUGGCCAACCUGCGCAAGCUCGAGGCCGGUGCGCUGCGUGACGCGGCUCGCAAUGUGGUGUACAUUACCCGGCCGACGCUCAAGAACAUGAAGAUGAUUGCGAGGCAGAUCCGGGGAGCGGUGGAGGGCACGCACGAGUACUUUGUGCUCUUUGCGCCGCGCAAGACGCUUAUCUGCGAGCGGGUGCUGGAGGAGGAGGGCGUGCUCGGCGACUGCACGCUGUUUGAGUUUGCGAUGGACCUCAUUCCACUCGACGACGACGUGCUCUCGCUGGAAAUGGAGAGCGCGUUCCGAGAGUGUUACCUCGACGGCGACCGGACGGCGCUGUAUUCGGUGGCGACGUCGCUGAUGAAGAUCCAGGCCAUGUACGGCACCAUUCCGCACAUCAUGGGCGCAGGGCCGGCAGCCAAGCUUGUGGCAGACAUGAUGAUGCGGAUGGCGGCACAGUCGUCCGAGGCCAACAUGAUCACGCCCGAAAUCGACCGGGUCAUUCUCAUCGACCGCGCAGUCGACCUCGUCACUCCGCUCUGCACCCCGCUCACCUACGAGGGCCUCAUCAACGAGGAGUUUGGCAUCAAGAACACGUUUGUGUGGCUCGAUCCGGCCAUGCUCGGCCCAGACGGCCCGUCGGGCACCGGUCGGCAGGUCAAGCACCCUCUCAACUCAAACGACAAGCUCUACACCGAGAUUCGUGACCACAACUUUGCCAUUCUCGGCCCGCUCCUCCACGCCAAGGCCGAGGGCGUCCGCCAGUCGUACGACAUGCGCCACGAGGUGCAGACCAUUUCUGAUGUCAAGGCGUACGUGGGCACGUUCAAGGAUGCGCAGGCGGAGCACAAGUCGCUCACCGUCCACACGAACAUUACCGAGGCGCUGAUGCGGGUGACCCGCGCCGACGCCUUCCACCGCCAGCUUGAGGCCGAGCAGGCCAUGCUCAACUCGGUCGACUCGGCCUCGACGGUCGCCUACAUCGAGGAGUGCAUCAACAAGCAGGAACCGCUGACCAAGGUCCUGCGCCUGAUCUGCAUCCUCUCGCUCACCCUCAACGGCGUCAAGUCUAAGAUGUUCGACUUUCUUCGCCGUGAAAUCGUCCAGGCCUACGGCUUUGAGCACAUGUUCACCCUCCACAACCUCGAGAAGCUCGGCCUCUUCAAGCGCUCAGAGGGCAAGUCGAGCUUCCCGCUCCUGGUCAAAAACUUCAACCUCCUCCCCGACGAGGUCAACGAGGCCGAUCCCGACGACAUCUCGUACGUCUUCUCCGGCUACGCCCCGCUCUCCGUCCGCCUCAUCGAGCUCGCCUCGCGCCCGGGCUCCUGGGCCGCCAUCCCGCGCCCCGUCGCCGCCCUCAUCCCCGAGCCCAUGUUCGAGGCCCAGCAGGAGAUUCCGCAGGGCAUCUCGCUCCACGACGACCUCCCGCCCGCCGCCCCGGGCGCAGACCCCGCCGAUGCCAUGCGCUCCGAAGCCGCCCAGCGCUCGCGCGUCACACUCGUCGUCUACAUCGGCGGCAUCGCCUACGCAGAGCUCGCCGCCAUUCGCUUCCUCGCUUCGGCCGCCACAGACCGCCGCGAGGACUUUAUCGUUGCCACCACCAAGCUCAUCUCCGGCCGCUCGCUCAUGGAGCAGUGCAUGGAGCAGCUCGAGACCCGCUCUGUCGGCGACGCUGACCUCGCCGGCGCCUCGUUCUAG